AUACACAUAGAGAGAGAGGGAGAGAGAGAGCAAGAGUGAUACGGAGAGAGUAAACGAGAGGGAGAGUGGAGAGAACUGCAGCGAAAUGUCCAAAUUCUUUCUGACUGUUGCACCCAACAACAAUAGCAGCAAUAAUACCGGCAGCAACAACAGCAACACACACCAGCGACACCACCACCACCACCAGCAGCAACAGCAACAUUAUGGCGGCAGCGGAAACGGAAGUGGGUCCACGGGCCACCAUCCGCUGGUUGCACGCAAACUCAAUUACGAUCUGCUCGGCGGCCAGACCAACAUUAACAACAAUAACAUUGUGAUCAAGAACGAGGCCCUCGAUCUGGAUUACGAUCACGGUCUAAUCAGCAGCGACAGCAACAGUAACAGCAACAACAGCCACAGUCACAGCAACAGCAACAGCACUAGCAACAGCAACAGCAACAGCAAUAGCAACAGCAACAGCGGCGUGGCAGCACAUCUCCGGGAUCAUGUAUACACGGGGGCAGUGGCAACGGGGGCAGCAGCAGCAGCAGCAGCGGCAGCGGGACAGGCGACGCAACUGCAGCAUCAGCAACAGUGGAAGGCGACCGGAAAGUCCAAUGAUAUCACAAAUUAUUACAAGGUCAAGCGUCGACCGCACGCCGUCACCGAUGAGAUCCACCCGAAAAAGCAGGCCAAGCAGAGUGCUCAUCACCAGACGGUGGUGUAUCAGAAGCAUGUGGCCAGCAGCACGCCCCAGCAAUUGCGACAUACAAGCAGCCAUCAUGACGGGGAUUCUGUCGAUCUGGACGAGGAUGUGGUUGUGGAGCGUGGUGCCAAGGUGGCAUCAUCAUCGCUUCACUCUUUUGCAUUGUCAACGCCCCAGCAGCAACUGGCCGCUUCGGUGUCAAUCUCAUCGAGCGGUGAUCGCAAUCGAGCGGACACAUCGCUGGGUAUUUUGACCAAAAAGUUUGUCGAUCUGCUCCAGGGAUCACCUGACGGUGUGGUCGAUCUAAAUGAGGCCUCCAAUCGUCUGCAUGUCCAGAAGCGUCGCAUCUACGAUAUCACCAAUGUCCUCGAAGGCAUCAAUAUACUGGAGAAGAAAUCAAAGAACAAUAUCCAGUGGCGAGGAGGGAAAUCGAUGGUCAGCCCGGAGCGAUCGCGUCGCAUUGAGGCCGAGUCGGAGCGUCUAGAGCAGCUGGAGAAUGAGCUGAAUAUGGCCAUUGAUCAGAUGCGAGGAAAUCUCGCUGAGAUCUCGCAGGAGGUGGAGAAUGCCGGUGGCAUGGCCUAUGUCACGCAGAAUGACCUGCUCAAUGUGGAUCUGUUUAAAGAUCAGAUUGUUAUAGUGAUCAAGGCGCCACCAGAAGCCAAACUUGUGUUGCCCAACACAAAGUUGCCGCGCGAGAUCUACGUUAAAGCGGAGAAUAGCGGGGAGAUCAAUGUCUUCCUCUGCCAUGACCAAUCGCCGGAGAAUUCACCAAUUUCGUCUGGCGAUGCCUACGUCAGAUCGUCAACUGGGGGCAGUGCCGGAGGCAGUGGCGUACGGACAGCCACCUCCACGCGACUGCAUCCGUUGACAAAUCCGCGGCUAAAGGAUCCGCUAUUUAAUAAUAUCGAUGCCAUGAGCACGAAGGGAUUAGGUACUGCACCAUACCGCUCGGCACGCAACCUCAGCAAAUCAAUCGAGGAUGCUGGCAAGCAUCAAUCCCAGCCUGAAUAUAAUAACAUUUGUGAUAUUGCGAUGACGGCCCAGCAUCCUCAUCAACAUCAUCAACAUCUCAGCCAGCAGCAGCAGCAGCAACAGUUGUCGCAGCAGCAGGAGCCGACGGAGGAGGAUGAUGUCGAUGCAGAGCUAAGCCAGUUGGUGCCGACGCUAACAAAUCCGGUGGUGGUGCGACACAACAACAAUCAGUUCCUCCAGCAGCAGCAGCAGCAGCAGCAGCAGCAGCAACAACAGCAGCGACAUCAGCAACAGCAAAACACCAUCCAGGAGCUGUUUAGCAGCUUAACCGAAUCCUCGCCUCCAACGCCCACCAAGCGACGUCGGACAGCAGCGGCAAUGGCUGCAGGCAGCGCAACAACAACAACAACAGCAACCACUACGCUUAAUAGUCAUAACAACAAUAACAACAACAACAACAACAACCAUAGCAGCAACUCCCAGAACCCAACAAUAAGCUACAGCGGCAACAGUCAGCGACGCAGCGAUGUGCCCAUGUAUAAUUGUGCAAUGGAAGAUGUAACCACAAACUCUGUGGCAGCAGCAGUAUCAGCAGCAGGAGCAGCAUCAUCAUCGAGAGGAGAUGUAGCAACAUCCUCGGCGAUAGGCUCACUGCAAAUGCAAUUCGCUGCCGUGGCGGAUAGCAGCAGUAAUGGAGGCGAUGGUGGUGGCUAUGGCAGCAUCGCUGGCGCUGGCGCCAAAUCUGAUGAUAACCAUCAGCCCUUCCUGCCGCCCGACUGCGAUGCCAACAGCAACAGCAGCAAUGUCACGCUCCAGGGCCUCGAUGCUCUCUUCAAUGACAUUGGCUCGGACUAUUUCAGCAACGAUAUUGCCUUCGUGUCCAUCAAUCCGCCGGACGAUAAUGAUUAUCCAUAUGCGCUCAAUGCGCACGAGGGCAUCGAUCGGCUGUUCGACUUUGGUUCCGAUGCCUAUGGACCCUAAAAAAAGAGAAGUCCAUCACCACACAACAACAUGCAUACACACACUCUCACACACACACAAGCACACAGCAAAUGUAUCUACAAAAAUUGGGAUUCUUCUGGGGGGUGUU